CCAGAGAGAACUAAAACAUGCACGAUGCCGGGCCUUUAGGACCGACUUUGGACACCCCUGUCCUAGAAGAAGCAGAAAGACAAGAGCUUGCACCAAUGAGCAUCAGGGCCCAUGGUUUUAAAGUUAUGACCUCAUUAGCCCCAGAUUGAGGCCAUAUAACGUUAAAUCCACACAGAGGAGGUUAGGAGGGAUGAAAUGUUCUUGUUUUCCUCAGCGCACUGAAGCGCGUUUUUCAAGGUAAAUAUUCUUUCUCCAACAUGAGGCAGGUCUUUGUUGUUUACCAAGAGGUAAAGAGGCGGAAAAGUGAGGGGGAUCUGAACUGGUUUCCAUGUCAAACACUUCAAUUCACCAUAGAAACUCAGAUCUUAACGCGGAAACUUUAUUAAACUGUGAUGGUGGAUUGAUAAGGGCCGAAUUUCUAUCGGCCUCUUUUUAUUGUGGGCACCGGGCGGGCUGACAGAGGUAAAUUGCUCUUUUAAUUAAAGCAAUGCACCAGGGGAAAUUGCUGUCUGAAUAUUGUCUCAGAGAUGGGGGCCAGUGACAGUUGCCUGGAAACUUCAAUCUGUCCACCCGCAUUUAUUCCAGAUCCCAGUUAUGAGAUAAAGUUUAAUAAAAAAUCUUUUGCUGCGCCACCGCCGAAAUGAAACCCAAGCCUUUCUGAGCAUCUGAACACAAUGAGACAGGACCGCGGAGGAAACCUCAUGUUCAACAUGUAUCUCUCAGAUCCAACAGAGAAUCUGUUGAAAGAAAGCAAAGGAACAUCUUGGAGUCCAAUAAAUGCCGGAGUGCAAAAAGGCAGCGGACAGAUCCAGCUGUGGCAGUUCCUUCUGGAGCUCCUCUCGGACAGCACCAACGUGUCCUGCAUCGCCUGGGAGGGCACCAAUGGGGAGUUCAAGCUCAUCGACCCGGAUGAGGUGGCCCGGCGCUGGGGGGAGCGGAAGAGCAAGCCCAACAUGAACUACGACAAGCUGAGCCGGGCGCUGCGCUACUAUUACGACAAGAACAUCAUGACUAAAGUCCACGGCAAGAGAUACGCCUACAAGUUCGACUUCCACGGCCUGGCGCAGGUGUGCCAGCCGUCCACCACGGAGCAGGCCAUCUACAAGUUUCAGGGGAACUUCUCCCCGAUCCCCUUCUCCGGCAUUUCCAAACUGAAUCUCGUCACGCCCGGCGUGGGUCCCUCGGGUUUCUCCUACUGGCCCGGCUCCCCUCCGGCGGCCCUUUACCACAGCCACAACCUGCAGCCCACGGGGCCCUUCGGCACCGUGUCUCCGUCUCACAUCAGCUGCGUCAACAACAUCAACAGUCUGGCCAACAUCAACAAUCACUACAACUGACUCCUGUUGCACAUUCCAUGCCAGACUUGGAAUAAAUAAAUAAACACGAACUGGUUUUUGUUUGCGCCCCAAAUGUUGAGUAAUUUCACCACGAUUUGGACAAGAUUUCUGAAAAACGACAUUUAUCUUAUUUCACUCAGCAAACCUGCCUUAUUCCACAGAUAGCCUUGUAAAUUUUGGACUGCAUUUUAUCCCGGUAUCGGUAAAUUAUUCAUUAGAAUCAAAAAAUGAACAUUACGUCCUAUUUUUUUAUAUUCCCCAAUUUGAUUGUAGAUGGUCCUUGUAGAUAUGAAGUAAAUAAUUUCCUAUAACUUGAAUCAAUCUGAUCAUUUGUUCAGACUACUGCGUAGAAACAACCAAGAUGUGUGUUAAAAACUAACAAAAAUUAGUUUGACUAUGCUUUAAAUCGUUUUUCACUCAAAUGAAUAUUUAAUAAAUUAAUAAAUUAGAAAAGCCGCCUAUCAUUUUACACACACUUCUUUUCUGCGCAAAAUGUCAUUUUUUUUUUAAAUAUGAAAUUUCUGAUCUCCACUCAACAAAUUUUGAAUUUCAGAAAUCAACAAACUUUUAUCUGUGACAAGGUGUUUCUUGUUAGAGAACAUAGCCAUUAGAUGUUCCAAUAAAGUGCUAAAAGAGUUGUUUUCUCUUUUAUUCCUUUAAAUUGUUUCUGUCUUUUCGAUCCUCGCCCCUUUAUACAUUUUGGUCGAUCGGAACGCUACCGACUCUUUCAGAUGCGAAAUGGAGACACCUGCCAAAGGGAGGUUUACUGUCCAUGAGCCAUUUCGGACGUAAAGUAUUUUUUUUCCUACUCAUUACUCUACAGUGAGAAAAUGUGCUUUUAUGAUUUCAAUAAAUAAAAUUAGGAAUAUGACUAACGUUUUUAUCUUAGUCACAUUCAUAUUUAUCCAGAGUUGAAGGGUAACAGAACCACAAUCAUAAGUAGAUAUAGGAUUGAAAUUUACAAUAAAACAAAAAAUAAUGCCUAAGCUCUGAAUGAUUGCUGUAAAUAUUUAUAUUUAAGAUACACAAAAAUAAUAUUUACACCAGUUUGUGAAUCGAGAUAGCAAUUGAGAAUUGAAACUAUCUUGGACAGACUAGGUGGAAAAUGAACUGGUGAUUUCCCGAUGUUUUCCCUCCCGCUCUGAGUUAAUUUUUUUAACGCUAUUAUGGUAGAUCUCUGGCGCCACCUUGUGGUGAAGAAUCGGGAUUUUAGGACUUGAAUUUGAGGUUCAGACUGUAAAAAAAAAAAAAAAA